CGUGCGCGCGCCGGCGCUCGCUCUCUCCGUCGGUCGGGCUGUCAAGAUGGCGCCGCAGAAAGACAAGAAGCCUAAGAGGUCAACCUGGAAGUUUAAUUUGGACCUUACUCAUCCAGUGGAAGAUGGGAUUUUUGAUUCCGUAAAUUUUGAGCAGUUUCUACGGGAGAAGGUUAAAGUCAAUGGAAAAACUGGAAAUCUCGGGAAUGUUGUUCACAUUGAACGUUUCAAGAAUAAAAUCACAGUUGUUUCUGAGAAACAGUUUUCUAAAAGGUACUUGAAAUACCUUACCAAGAAAUACCUGAAGAAGAAUAAUCUUCGAGACUGGCUUCGUGUGGUUGCAUCUGACAAGGAAACGUACGAACUUCGUUACUUCCAAAUUAGUCAGGAUGAAGAUGGCUCUGAGUCUGAGGACUAGUUGGCCUUCCCUGCAGGGCUUUGUUUGCUUUUAAUCAAACGAAGUAGUAAGGUUUUACUAAAAGUGAAACUUCCAGUUUGUCAGUGAAUAAAAAUCAUUAAACUUACUACUUAAGAGAUGUG